AUGGCUCUUUCCCUUAAUUUAUUUUACACACCCAUACCCAUAAUCCUCUUCUCGCUCCUCCUCCUCCUCUCUGUUGUGUCGUCGGCCCUCGACGACAACAAAGCCAAAAUUUACAUCGUCCACGUGAAGACGAAGAACCCAAGCUCGACCGGCGGUGCCGAAACCGAAGACACGAUCAAGAACUAUCACAUGUCUUUUCUUCCCCAGGGCGCUAAAGACUCCUUGAUCUACUCGCCACCCCUAGUUCAAUGGCUCCGGCAUGUCACCCUAGCCUGCCAGCUGGAAGGGAGGUGUGACCUGCCUGAGAAGUUUGGUUGUAACAACAAAGUCAUAGGAGCUCGGGCGUUCAAAGGGGGAAGCGCCUCCGCCUUGCCGGUGGAUAGGUACGGACACAGGACCCAUACGGCCAGCAUAGCCGUUGGGGCAUUCGUUCCCAACGUCAGCGUCCAAGGCAACGCGGGCGGGACCGCGUCCGGGAUUGCCCCACGCUCUCACCUUGCGGCGUACAAAGUCUGCUUUGCUGGCGACUGCCAAGCAAGCGACACACUAGCCGGUAUCGAUGCUGCCAUCGAGGAUGGGGUGGACUUGCUGUCCAUUUCCUUGGCUGGCGUGUUCAAACCAUUUUACGAAAGCGUUAUAGCGAUUAGCAGUUUCGCGGCAGCCAAGAAAGGAAUCCUCACUAGCGUGGCAGCGGGGAACGAUGGUCCUUCCACCUCGACGGUGAUCAACGAUGCGCCCUGGCUUCUCACUGUCGGGGCAAGCACGAUCGACCGAAGGAUUCGGGCCACGGCGAAGAUGGGAAAUGGGUUGGCGUUCGACGGGGAGUCUGUGUUCCAGCCUGAAAACUUCUCUUCUCAUAACUUCUUGCAGCUCGUCUACUUCAACAUGUGCUACAAUGGGUCACUGGUCGGGUUCGAUGUCAGGAACAAGAUCGUGUUGUGCGACGGAGAUGAUAUAACUUCAUCAGCCUAUGAAAAGGCGACAUACAAUGUGACGUUUUCUCGCGAUAAGAACGUGACCGGUUGGGGGAAUAAUGAAUCUGUUGCACAAGGCUUCUUGCUCUGGAAAUCAGGAAAGCACACAGUCAGGAGUGUUAUAGCAAUCAACAUCACUGAAAAAGCCUUCUAA